AUGGCGAAAAGCACUUACGAUAUUAUUCUUCCCAUUCUCCUCCUGUGCUUCCUACACCAGACACAUAUGACCCUGUCGCUUCCCCUGCUCCCCAUAACCUCCACGAACCAAACCAGAGUCUAUAUCGUCCACGUCCAGCACCCCAAUGGCCCCACUGAACUCCUCCCCCACAUCGACCGUGAAAGCUGGUACCAUUCUUUCCUCCCUAACGCCACCCUCGACUCCGGCGAGCCCCGCAUGGUCUACACGUAUUCCGUCGCCAUGUCAGGCUUCGCCGCCCGCCUCACUCCAGACGAAGUCAGGUUCAUGGAGUCCAUCCCCGGCUUCCUUUACGCCUACAUCGACAAACCCCUCCACCUACACACCACCCACACACCGACCCUCCUCGGCCUCGACCAAUACAACAGCCUCUGGCAACAAUCCGACAGAGGCGAAGGCGUUAUCAUCGGCGUCCUCGACAGCGGCAUCACUCCCGACCACCCCUCCUUUAUCGCCGUCCCUGACCUGCCCGCCCCUCCCCGAAAGUGGCACGGCAGUUGCAACCUGCCCGCCGGCUUCUCCUGCACCAACAAACUCAUCGGCGCCGAGGUCUUUCUCGGCGGAGUCAAGAAAACCCCCAUCGACGAAACCGGCCAUGGGACCCAUGUCGCGGGCAUCGCCGCCGGCACGCCUGUCCAAGAUGCCAGCGUCCUUGGCCAAGCCCGCGGCACCGCCUCCGGCAUGGCUCCAAGGGCCCACAUAGCCUCCUAUAGGGUCUGCACCCCAUUCUCCUGCAGUGACAGCAACAUACUCAAGGGCUUCGACCAGGCCAUCCAGGACGGCGUCGACUUGAUCCAGAUAUCCAUUGGCGGCGUCAAAGAUGUUUAUUACAGAAAUGGCAUCGUCAAGGGAUCCUUCGCAGCACUGACAAAAGGCAUCCUGACCGUCAACUCCGCAGGCAAUGACGGCCCCGCAAAAAGCACCGUCAACAACGACGUGCCCUGGAUCCUCCAAGUGGGCGCCGCUAACAUAGACCGCCGUGUCACGGCAGUGCUGAGGCUCGACAAUGGCAUGGAGUUCUUCGGCAUGUCGGCUUACCAGCCGGACCCUUCGACAGCGGUGGACCUCCCGCUUGUAUAUCCAGGAGUGAAAGACACCGAUGCGACAUUGGCGUGCGAGAGAGGAUCGAUGGCGGGCUUUGAUGUGGUUGGGAAAAUGGUGUUGUGCGGGGUCGGGCAUAAUGACAAUAUCGAGAAGGCCAAGAUCGUGAAGGCCGCCGGCGGUGCUGGCAUUAUCGUCAUGAACCAGCGUCAGGAUGCGUAUACUAUAAAUGCAGAUCCUUAUGUUAUUCCCGCCAUCCACGUCUCCUACAAUGACGCCAUUAAAAUCUUGAAUUAUCUAAACACCAGCCAAAAUGCCACUGGAACGAUAACGUUUAAGGGUACCGAGUACGGAAUACGACCAUCACCGGCCGUCGCCAGCUUCUCCUCGAGGGGGCCGAGUCUACUAAACGGUGGCAUUUUGAAGCCUGAUGUCAUCGCACCCGGAGUGAACAUACUUUCAGCGUGGCCUUUCGAGGUUGGGAAGGGCUGGGCUUACGAUGUAUCCAAAACCAUGAAAAACUUUACCUUCGAGAAAGGCACAUCCAUGGCGGCACCGCAUGUAUCUGGUGUCGCAGCUCUGUUGAAAGACUUAUACCAAGAUUGGUCACCUGCAGCAAUCAAGUCAGCGAUCAUGACUACAACUUAUAUCGUAGACCGCAACGGAGGGCCAAUUAUCGAUGAUGCAUCAAACACACGUGAUCGCGCUGACAUCUUUGCGGUUGGUGCGGGACACAUAAACCCAACCGCGGCUAGUGAUCCAGGACUUGUUUAUGAUGUCACAAACCCGGAUGACUAUAUUCCUUACCUGUGUAGCUUGAAGGGGUACAUAACCGGGUAUGUGGAACUUAUUGUGAAAAAAUAUGUGAACUGCAAAGGGAAAGAGAUGGGUGCAGAGCAGGUGAACUACCCUUCGAUUCAGGUGUCGAUGGGGUCGGUUGGAGCGGAAAAAAAGAGAGUGAAGCGAACGGUGAAGAAUGUUGGGGAGGCGAGCUCCAUCUACAAAGCAAGUGUGGUGGAGCCGAGAGGGGUGAAGGUGGUGGUUACACCGGAGACGCUCCAGUUUUCGAACGUCGGCGAGGAGAAAAACUUCACGGUGGAGUUGAGUUUGACGGGGAAAGGCCAGUUAGAGAGGGAUGAUGUGUUGGAAGGCAGGCUCAAUUGGGUAUCGGGCAAACGGGUGGUGAGCAGCCCCAUUGUCGUCACUGCAUGA